AUGAACUUUCUCAAGUCUGCGGUGGCUUCGGCCAUUGCCCAGGGACCUCCCUUUCCGUACACGUUUGGCGACAAGGUCGAUAUCGACGAGUCGAUAUGGACUCUGUACAACGGCACCAAGCGUGAGGACGGGUCAAACUGCAGCAUCUUCUCUUUCGACAUCACCAACAACCGAUCCCGACUUCCCCUAGCCAAGAACGCCCUCAAGAAGCUUCGAACCCUGCGACACCCUGGAGUUAUCAAAGUGCUGGAUGCCGUCGAGACCGAGACGUACAUCUACAUUGCGACCGAGCGAGUGGUGCCCUUGCGAUGGCAUGUGAAACGAAAGAGCUUGAGCCCGGAGACGAUAAAAUGGGGACUUCACAGCAUUACGCGCACUGUCAAGUUCAUCAAUGAAGACGCCUCCUCUAUUCACGGUAGCCUGAAGGUCGGAUCGGUCUAUACUUCGGAAAGCGGCGAGUGGAAGUUGGGUGGCUUCGAUGUUUUGAGCAGCGUCAAGGAUGACGAAUCUAUCAUAUACACAUACGGUAGCGUGGUACCAGACUCUGGACGAUAUGCGCCCCCCGAACUUGCCAGGGGCGGCUGGGACGUCAUCAAGAAGAACCCUCACACAGCAGUGGACUCAUUCAAUCUCGGCACAUUGAUCUUUGAGGUCUUCAAUGGCGACUACAACGGCGCUGACCAGGCCGGCCAGACCAAGGGCAUCCCUCCGUCACUUCACUCCAGCUACAAGCGCCUCUGCAACGGAAACCCCAAGGCCCGAAUCACGGUGGGAGCCUUUCUCGACCAGGGAAACAGAACAGGGUCUUUCUUUGAUAGCUCCCUCAUCAAGCUGACGGAUGGUAUCGACAACCUGGACAUCAAGACCCCUGACGAGCGGGAAGAGUUCUUGGCUGGACUGGACGAUCUGAGUGAUGAUUUCCCUGAAGAGUUCUUCAAGCUCAAGGUGAUGCCUGAGCUCAUGAAGUCGGCCGAGUUUGGCGGAGGUGGCCAGCGAGCAGUCUCUGUCGUCUUGAAGAUUGCAGCCAAGCUUUCCAAGGAGGACUUUGACACCAAGAUUACGCCCUUCAUCAUUCGCCUCUUUGGAAACCCCGAUCGAGCCAUCAGAGUCUGCCUACUGGACAGCCUUCCCUUGAUGAUUGAUCAUCUAUCGCAGAAGGUUGUCAACGACAAGAUCUUUCCGCAAUUGAUUACUGGCUUCACUGAUGUUACACCCGUUGUGCGAGAGCAGACGCUCAAGUCUGUACUCGUCAUCAUCACCAAGCUCUCUGACCGCACCAUCAAUGGCGACUUGCUCAAGCAACUCGCGAGAACAGCAAACGACGAGCAACCAGGAAUCCGAACGAACACGACCAUCUGCUUGGGUAAGAUUGCCAAGCAUCUCGGAACCUCAUCGCGGUCAAAGGUUCUCAUUGCCGCCUUCACGAGGUCUCUCAGAGAUCCCUUUGUCCAUGCUAGAAAUGCCGCUCUGAUGGCUUUGGGGGCUACCUCUGAGUACUUCACUGAGGAAGACAGCGCGUGCAGGAUUCUUCCUGUCGUAUCCCCUCUAUUGAUAGACAAGGAGAAGAUUAUUCGUGAUGCGGCAGUUCGCACUAUGGACAUCUAUGCCCAGAAGAUCAAGAAGGUGGUGGCCGCUAUGCCCGAAAGCGUUCUCCCUCCUCCACAGGCCGCCGAUGCUUCAGCACCUCGCAUGAGUACACCCCAACCUCACGAAAACGUCCCAGGAGGCUGGGCAGGAUGGGCUAUCUCAUCGUUUACCAACAAAAUCUCAGCUGCGGCAGGAGAAAUUCACGCGGAAUCGGACUCGAGAGCCGCCUCUCCUAGGCCAUCACCCUCACCUGGACCCGAGUCCAAGAAAUCGGUUACCACAACAGCGUCGACGUUGCAUCGUCAAGCUGUCAAGUCACCCCCAGCGACCCUGUCACGAAACUCGUCUGCCACAGCCAGUGUAGUGGCCGACUCAUUCCUCCAUGCUGAUGAGGGCGAUGAUGGCGGUGACUCCUGGGGCGACAUGAAUGACGACUUUGACAGCUUCGACACAUCGGCUGAGCAGUCAUCAAAGAAGACAGCGACGGCAACAGCAUCCGCUGCCCCCUUUGACGAUGGCGAACCCGACUUUGCAGGAUGGUUAGCCGCUCAGUCCAACAAGAAGGUUGGCCACCACAAGCCCCUUCCCAAGGGCCUGUCCAAGACCACGACGGCCAAGAAGCCUCUAGCCAAGCCAGCCGCAAAGCCACUCGGAGCAAAGAAGAUUGACAUGAAGCCGAAAGCGACAGAUGAUGACGACGGCUGGGGUGAUGGCUGGUAA